GUUAGAUAGAAUCAAGUAAAAAUCAGAUUACAUAUAGUUACAUAUGCUUUUGAAAACAAAAAAAAAAAUUGAAAGAUAAAAAAUGUGAAAAAUAUAGAUAAUUUAAAAACAACGAAAUAAAGAACGAAGAAGGAACGAACGAAAGGAAAAACAUGGAGUAAAAUGAGAUGAAACGAGAGGAGUUGAGGAUAAGCGAAAGGCUAUAUGGUUAGCCAGGAGACGAGACGAUGCAAGACAGGAUCCGUCGAGGUGGGAGAAUGAUGCGAACGAACGAGAAGGCGAGGUUUAAAAGAUACAUCGAAGAUGCAGCAAGGAAUCAUAUCGUUCUACGUGCUAUUAAUGGUUGUGGGUCUUUUUGUGUCGUCCAAUCUUUCCACGAAUGCUGCACCUCAACAAGGAUAUUGGAGUCAGUUCGAUGAAGAAGAUCCGGAAGCAUUGAUGGAAAUUAUUACCCGACUUGGCCACACUAUGAUACGCAAUCCAGAGCUUGAAAAUAACAAACGUGGAUUGGAUCUUGGCUUGAGCCGCGGAUUCAGCGGAUCACAAGCUGCGAAACAUUUGAUGGGACUUGCCGCGGCAAAUUAUGCCGGAGGCCCCGGCCGUCGACGUCGUUCUGAACAAGCUUAGAUUAAAAACACACAUCGAUCGAUCGCGAUUUCGAUUAUCUCGAAUUUUAACAUCAUAGAUGUUCACUCAUGCGCGUUCUUUCUUGCAUUCGUUCGUAAAGAUUUCUGUUCUAUCAAUAUUAUAAAUUAAAUCUAUAUUUAUUUUAAAUUAUAAUUUUCUAUUUCUAUCCAAUUCGUAUAUUUUUUUAAUUUAUUCUAUUUUGAUAGUAAAGUAAUCAAUUAAAUUCUAGUCAUCGUUUUAGUUAUAAAAUAAAAUCUUCAUUACGUGUAUAAUUAUCAGAAUUCACGAGAAAACAUAUAUAGGUAAAAUUAUAUUAAAUUACAUUAUUAAACAUUGUACGAGAAAUUAUGAUCGAUCGAAUAUUCCUGUAAUUGAAACUAAUAUGAAAAUCUGUUAUUUUUCGAUCAUGCUUCUCAUAGAUUCAACGAAGCAAUGUUUUCCUUUGCGCAAGAAUGUUUUCAACGACAAUUUCGAUGCACAAUUCUAAUCGAGAUGAAUGUAAAUUAUAGAAAUAUUUCUCCGUUAACAAAUCAAUAUUAAUAAUAUAUUAUUAUAUAUAUAAAGCUUAAUACUUAUAAUACAUCAUUGUACUUUAAUAUAUCAUAAGUAUAUGAAUGAUUAUUAUUUAUUUCUUGAAUUAGUUAUAUAUUUUAUACCGAUUAUGUUUUCGAACGAAUGCUGUUGAAUCCAACGGUCAACGUAUCAAUACGUAUGUAAAAUUAAUGAAAAUAAAUCCAAUGUACCUUUCUUUUGCCUUA